CGAACUGAGCCUUCAGCUAGAAGUACGUUUAACAUCACUGGCGGACUCAAAAGGAUAAAACCCACAAUAUUGUACUCCCCUGUUGAUGCAUUAUCAGCAUGAAAUGGCAGCUCUAUCUGUACUAAGGUUACCAGAUCGUUAAAGUUCCCGUUGCUACUUCUCCAUCCUAACGAAGAAGUCUGACGUUCAAAAUGAGGGAGAAGGGGAAGAAGUCGAAAUCUAAGAAAUCUGAUCACCUCUUGAUGAAGUCAUCACCGACAGCAAAAUGUCCACCUGAAGAAAGCGAGUUCAAACCAGAAGAGUUUAUAUGUUUUUAUGACGAGGAAUGUGAUAAGCUUUUAACUGAGUUGAACGCGAUACCACCCGAAGAUGAGGAUUUCGUGAUUGUUACUCGUCCGCCGCGGGUGCAUGGGGUGCAUGACUCGCCCCACACGGCCUCAUCACGCGGGGCAGGGUCGUUCAGAUCUAGAGGAGGGUCGAAUAGGGAGCUGGCACAGGCUGUCCGUGAGAAUAUCCAGAUCGGUCUGCAGACGCCGAAAAGAAGCCCUGCGUUCGCACGAUUGCAACGACUUACAGCAGCUCCCGCAGGUAGUGAGAGUGAUCCUGAUUAUGACAAUAUCGAAGAUGGCGAGGAGGAGACUCAAACGGAAAAAAGCUUUGACGGCUCGUAUUCAGUUAUAAAGCGAAAGCCAAAGAAGCAAGACACGCCGCCGAAAUCGCAGAUGAAACUACCCGGCGUCGACAAGCAUACGUACAGCGCUGUGGCGAAGACGGACAGUGCAGGAAAACCCGAACCAGUCCCACCGAAGAAUGCUGAGGCAAACAGCUUGAGACAUGAAUGGCCAAAUACUUCGCGAGAGGGAAGUGAUAAUGGGCGUUUUCAAAAUGGCGUCGAACCUGAUUAUCAGGACCUUAAUAUCAAUUCGGCUAAUGCUGACGUGAAAAAGCACACCUAUGCGAAUGUGAAUGUGUCCUCUGAAUUGACAGGGGAUAUGCUGCACCACGAUGAUUCAGGCAUAAGUCCAGGCGGUGUAACAAUACGGUCGGAUAACAGAAGUAUCUCAUGGAGCAACAUUCGGCUUCACACGUCGGCUGAGGCGUACAGGAGGACAGGCUUGAAUCAAUCAUUGUCCAAGAUCACCCGGAAUCAGAUGGCAGACGCCAUGACAGCUCCGAUCGAAAUUGACGAAAUGGAUGCCCUUCUUGAACGGAACGAAAAACACGUGUCAACGUUAAAGCAAAUGCUUCGAGCGGGAAAGAUGAAAGAGUUCCGGAAGGCUUUGUUUCGGGCCGUUAAGAAUAACCUCAGAAAUACUGUUAGCCACAUGGUAUCUAGUCUCAAAGAUGAAGGUCUUGACCUCUGUGAUGAUAGGUUUCGUGAACCGAGGUUUUCCGCAACCGUUCUUCACGCCGCCAUCUUGUACAAGCGCGACAGAAUUGCAAUCGAUCUGAUGACCGCGUUUCCAAAGCUUGUCAUUUUGGAAUACACUUCGAAAGAUUUCAAUAACCAGACAUGUUUUCAUUUGGCAACAGCAAAUGGGAAUACGUCGAUUCUCAGAAACAUGAUCCAUCUGAUCGAAAGCCCGCAAGAACGGGCCAAUAUUCUGAACACGGUCGCAGACGGCACUUACUUUGUCAAAAAGAAACCAGAGGCCGCCACGUGUCUCUCUGCGGCUGCGUGGACGGGACAAUUUGAUUUGAUUGACAUUCUUGUCAAAGAGGGCGCUGAGUUAGACCUGCAAGGACCCGAGGGUAAUACACUUCUCCACUUUAUCGUGCAUAUGUCCGUAAAACAAGCAGAUCCUAGCGUGUACCAAGGGUUGGUGGAGUACGUCUACUAUAUCUCGGCCGGCUGGUGGAGCCUCAGUAAACGUGCCGGAAUCCUUUCACCCGCAUCAGACGCAGAGGCGGAAGAGAUGAAGGUUGAGGCGUUCAGGUACCUUUUGCGUUUGAAGAACUCGUCAGGGCUCAGUCCCGUUGCCAUGGCCGCCAAACUAUGUUCCCCACUUGCGCCGUUUCUCCUCUCCUUCGAACCAGUCAACAAGCUUCCCCAGACGAAAUUUGGUGCCGUUUCCUGGUCAACCUAUGACGUCACGGAUGUUGUGAGCUACCACCCUGGGGUCAAGGUCGGGAGGUACGAUCCACAAUCUGUACUACACAUCAUGGCUCACACUGGUCACAUCGGCAAUGACUCAUCUGACUUGACGGUAACAGAACCCAUUCGAACUGUUAUUGCAAUGAAGUGGUCAGUCUACAGAUUCGUGUAUUUGCUAUGGUCUCUCGCUCACAUUGCACAUAUGUUAGGGCUAACAUUCGCUGCGGUACAUCUACACGAAAACAGCAUGAAAGCAACUAAUCCUUCAGCAGCAACAUCUAUCGGUAAUGACACUGUUACCAAUUCUUCAUCGAACACUAAUGAGGUGCGGAAUAUACCAAUGGAGUCAUUUGUGCUUCUUCUGUUUCUUCCGAUCUUAUAUAUCAUAUUCGAAUUCAUAGACAUUAUAUACACGCUGUAUGUCUCAUUUGAUCAUUUGCACACGAACAAGUCUUUGUUGGCGGGGAGGUUUCCUAACCUCUUUGUCUACGCCUGGGACCAGCGUACGAUCACCGGGAAUGGACCAUAUAGAUUCAUUGCUUUCUCUCACGCGGUUGCCGUAAUCUCUUGGUUUGGUCUGGCUUGCACUGAUCACCAGGACAAACAAAUCGCGUUGUCUCUGUCUCUAAUCUUUGGGUGGACAUUUGUUGUUUUCUUCACAAGAGUGUUAGAGGACAUUGGGCGCGUCUCCAUCAUGAUUCAAAAGAUGUUCUUCAAUGAUUUCGCCUUUUUCUUUGGAAUUUUCACAAUAUUUUUGGUCGCGUUUAGCGCUGGCUUUUUCGUUGUGCUCCCGCCAGGCCACACCUUUUCCUCAACCAUUGAAUCAAUGAUCAGCGUGAUGAUCAACACGGGAGCAGUGGUGGACACAGAUUUGCCAGGGUACCACAUCUACGCGACAGUCGUGGUGUCAGUCUACGGAGCUUUCACCACAAUCCUCCUCAUCAAUCUACUCAUAGCCGCAAUGAAUACAUCUUACGAAAUCGUGAAGAACUCGAAAAAGCACAUUGGUAUUAGCCAACGCUUGUCGAUUUUGUUGAUGUUGGAACGCCGCUUCUUCUGGUUUACGUGGCUUUGUAACAGGUCACAGAAUCUGGUAUGGUUUGCUGAAGGAUCAAAAAUGAGGUUGAAACUUGGAAUAUAUUCAAACCCGAAACGGAUUCUGAUUGAUGUCACGGAAGAUUUGGAGCUGGAACGCCGGAAAACUGCUGAGACUAACCAUUAGUUCCGCUGUGACAAUAAUUAGUGCUGCUGUGUCUAUCAUAAGUGCUGCUGUGACAAUUAUUAGUCAUGAGUGUCACGGUGGCUGUCAUUAGUGCGCUGUGACUCACCAUAAGUGCCACUGUGGCUAUAAUUAGUGCCACAUCGAAUUUGAUAAAGUACAAAUAUGAAAGAAAGUACGCCAAAUUAGUCUCUGAUAGGUCUUGCGACCCAUAUGAUAGGUAAUGAGUAGAAUUAAUGCUAUUGCAAAGAAAUCGGUGAAGUGCCUUUUUGUGAAACAUGUGUCGGUAACAUAUAAACUACGUACAUGUAUAGCCUUCUUCAGUUGUUACAUGUAUGGUGUAAUGAAUUCAAUAAAGAUGGUCACGGCCAA